GACAAGCAGCGCAGGGAAGCACGGUGCCUGCCAGCAGGACAGGACAGGACAGGAAGGGGCAGGGGCUCCCGGGCUGCCUCUGAGCAUGGUCAUGGGUUCCAGCCGAAUUACUCUAAAGAUCAAGCAUUCUGCCUUCUAUUUCCUAUGAUGGCCAGAGUUUCCUGUGCUAAGAGAGAGUGUCAAAGAAGACCUCAAAUUCUGGAGAAAAAUGACCUUUCAAGGACUACAAAGUAUAUAUAUCCUGCUGCAUGUUUCUGUCUUACUAACCUGUGAUAACUGAAACACGUGGUCCUGGGGCUGCCGAAGGUCAAUUGCUUAUCAAAUUUCCCAUCAUGCAUCAGCUGUUCAGACUGGUUUUAGGACAAAAAGAUCUUUCUCGUGCCGGGGACCUCUUCUCUUUAGAUGACUCUGAGAUAGAAGACAGCCUGACAGAAGCUCUGGAACAAAUUAAAAUAAUUAGCUCAUCUUCCGAUUACCAAACCAAUAACAAUGACCAGGCAGUGGUUGAAAUCUGUAUCACGCGAAUCACAACAGCCAUCAGAGAGACAGAGUCCAUUGAAAAGCAUGCCAAGGCCCUUGUGGGGCUCUGGGACUCCUGCUUGGAACACAACCUGAGACCCUCUGGGAAAGACGAAGACACUCCGCAUGCAAAAAUUGCUUCUGAUAUCAUGAGUUGCAUUUUACAGAAUUACAACCGGCCCCCUGUGAUGGCGUUAGCCAUCCCCAUAGCAGUGAAAUUCCUCCACAGAGGCAACAAGGAACUGUGCAGGAAUAUGUCCAACUACCUGUCCCUGGCUGCAAUCACCAAGGCAGAUCUUCUGGCUGAUCACACAGACGUUAUAGUAAAGAGCAUACUCCAAGGUAAUGCCAUGUUGUUGAGGGUGUUACCUGCUGUGUAUGAAAAGCAGCCUCAGCCAAUUAACAGACACCUGACAGAACUCCUGGCCUUGAUGUCUCAGCUGGAACAACCAGAACAGUACCAUCUUCUACGGCUUUUACAUGUAGCUGCAAAGAGAAAGCAACCAGAGGUGGUUCAGAAGUGUAUUCCUUUCCUAAUCAGGCAUUUGAAAGACUCAACCCAUAAUGAUGUCAUCCUAAACAUCCUCAUAGAGAUAGCAGACUAUGAACCUGUGGCUUUGAACAGUUUUCUUCCAAUGCUGAAAGAGAUUGGUGAGAGAUUCCCCUACCUCAUCGGACAAAUGGCGAGAAUCUAUGGAGCUGUGGGGCAUGUGGAUGAAGAGAGAGCCAGGAGCUGCCUGCCAUUCCUGGUGAGUCAGCUGGCCAACAUGGAACAUUCGUUUCAUCAUAUUCUCCUGCUGGAGAUUAAGAGCAUCACUGAUGCUUUCUCCUCCAUCCUGGGCCCUCAGAGCAGAGAUAUCUUCCGCAUGAGCAACAGCUUCACUGCCAUUGCCAAGCUUCUUACCCAACAACUGGAAACUACCAAGGCCAGAAGCAGCAGGAGAAAACCCAGCAAUGAAAUUGAAUUCCCUGAGAAGCUGGAAGAAAUCAAGUUCACUGUAGCUGAAGAUGAAGACCAUGAAAAGCUCCAAGUUAAAAUACAGGCUUUUGAAGACAAAAUAAAUGCUGAGAGCAAUACUCCUAGCUCUAUAAGAAGAUAUAGUUUGGGCCAAUUUUCUAAGGAAGAAAGAAAAGACAUUAGAUUUAACAGGUCAAAGAGUUUGGCUUUGCACACUGUGCUAACAAAGAGCAUGAGUUCAGAUGAUGGGGAAAUUGUAGAGAGUGGAGACAUGCCAGCUAGGAUCAUUCUUUCAGAAACAGAUCCACUUAGCCAAGGAAACGACAAGUUGCCCUUUCAGGCAAACUCUGACAGAUCACAGCUGAGAAAUUCUUCAGUUUCACACCCAAGUAUUAUACAUACAGAAUCAGAGAAUUUGCCAGAGACAGUUAAAGAAAACUGCCAGGAAGAAACUCCAGAAACAACUGCAAGUCCUGUAGAAUACCAAGAUAAGCUCUACUUGCACUUAAAGGAAAAUUUCAGUAAAGUAAAGGCAUAUGCUGUGGAAAUCGGAAAGAAGAUUCCAAUCCCUGAUCAGUGUACCAUUGAAGAUUCUGUUAGAAGUUGUGUAGCAAAGUUGUUCUUUACCUGCUCCCUGAAGGGUCAUUACUGCCUCUACAGUAAAUCCAGUUUUAUUCUCAUCAGCCAAGAGCCUCAGCCAUGGAUUCAGAUCAUGUUCCUUUUUCAGCAGAGCCUGUUUCCUGAGCCACUGUCUAUACAGAGUCAUUCUGUACAAUUCCUCAGAGAUCUGUGGGAGAAGACCCAGGCAGAUGGUACUCACAGCUUUGAAACAGCCAUGAUGGAGUCCACAUUUCCACAGCAGAAGGAUCUGGACCAGGUACAGCUCCAUCUGGAAGAAGUGAGAUUCUUUGAUGUAUUUGGCUUCAGCGAAGCAGCAGGAGCAUGGCAAUGCUUCAUGUGCAACAACCCCGAGAAAGCGACCGUUGUAAACCAAGAUGGCCAGCCUCUCAUAGAAGGAAAACUUAAAGAGAAGCAAGUCAGAUGGAAGUUCAUCAAAAGGUGGAAAACUCGUUAUUUUACGCUGGCCGGAAAUCAACUUCUGUUUCAAAAAGGAAAGUCUAAAGAUGAUCCUGAUGACUCCCCAAUAGAACUCAGCAAAGUACAGAGUGUGAAAGUUGUGGCCAGGAAACGCAGGGACCGCUCCCUCCCUCGGGCUUUUGAAAUCUUCACAGACAAUAAAACCUAUGUUUUCAAGGCCAAGGAUGAGAAGAAUGCAGAAGAGUGGCUCCAGUGCAUCAAUGUGGCUGUCGCCCAAGCAAAAGAAAGGGAAAGUAGAGAAGUAACCACAUAUCUGUAGGGAUUUGCAAGCCGACCUCACACUGAUUGUAUACAAUGGGCAUUGCGUUAUCACUGCCAAUGUCAAGAAAAAAGAGAUAAAUUAGCCAAGUCACAUUGUGUUUUUACUGAAUGGAACAGUUUUCCCUAAGAAGCAGAACCCAAAAGUGGCAGGAUUUUUACACAUUUCGUAUUCUAAUGGCACCUGCAUUAACUCCAGAACAUCUGUAUGAUGCAUUCAGGAAAAGGAGCUACAGAUGAUACAGGGAAGAAAGGGGAGAGUCAGGGAUCGAGGAACCCCUGUAGAUAUGCCAUUGUAAGUUGUAAGAAUACAACUUCACAAGGUACCUGAAAUACUUAUCCCAAGGAAAGAUCAAGCACCUCUGAUGAAAACUACAGUCUGUCAAAGUAUUAGAAGAAAAGUAAAUCCCUAUGAGGAAAAGUCAAACAUAUAACUUAAUAUAGACAUACAAUUAUGUUUAUUCUUUCCUAAUGCAAAUGAGGUUAACACAUGGUAAAAUUGUUCUCAAGUGAAGACAGUUAUGUAAUUAAAUGUCUGUCUUUCCAAACAACUUAUCUGAUUAUUCCGUUUAGGUUCACAUAACAUGAUCUAAAGUUUAGGUACUUAGAUAUAUCUAUUGCCCAAGGCAGUAAGUGUAAGCUACAACAAGCACAGGAAAACAUUUUCACCAUCUUCAAAGUAUGUGCCAUUUCCAUCAAGUUUUGAGAUGUUACAGUUCUAUACUUUUCUUCUUUAUAUUCAGUCUUUUAAUAUCUCCAAAUUACAUUUUAUGUUUUUUUCCACCACUCAUAUUAAAAAAAAAAAAAUUAAGCUGUGGCGGGCAGAAUUAUAGGAUGAUUCCCAAUGGUCUAUACCCUGACCCUUCCCCUUGACUUAUAACUUGCUUCUAACUAAUAGAAUAUGGCAAAAAGAAUAGGAUAGUCUCUCCCAUGACUAUGGUACAUUACAUGGCAAAGGUGAAGAAGUUUCUUAAUCAACUGACUUUUCAUUAGUCAAAAGGAUAUGCACAAAAGUGUGCAUGAUCUAAUCACAUGAGCCCUUUAAAAAAGAGUGAACAAGUCAGAGACUCUCUCUUCCACUGGCUUUGAAUAAGCAAACUGCAAUGAAUUCUACGACUUUAAGGGAAUGGAUUUUGCCAACAGCCAAUGAGCUUGGAAGAAGAUCCCAGCCCCAGCCAACACCUUGACUGCAGCUUUGCAAAACCCUGAGCAGAGGACCCGGGUAAGCCAUGCUUCGACAUUUGACCCAGGAGAACUUUGAGAUAAUAAAUAUAUGCUGUUUUAAGUGA